UUACACAAGCUUGUUUUGUAAAUUUUAAAAUGCAUAAAUUGUGUAAGGUGGAGAAUCUUUGCCAAAUGAUAUAAUAAACGGCGCUCAGUGCACUCCUAUCGCUGCAGCCAAGUCAGAUCAUCUCCCUCUCUGUGCACUGAUAAAGCAGGUUGUGCAGCGAUGUGGGGUUCAGGUGUGUUUCUCCUCCUGAUCGGACUCUGGCAUCAGUCCCGCGCCCAGAGCUCUGAGCCCAUGCUUCAGGUUGUAACACAGACGAUGCUCCCCCCUGACAGUCUGCACAACCCCACACAGCUCAACUACGGAAUGGCUGUGACAGACGUGGAUGGUGACGGCGACCUGGAAGUGGUUGUGGCAGGGUACGAUGGGCCCAACCUGGUGCUGAAGUACGAUCGCACUCAAAACAGGCUGAUAAACAUUGCUAUCGAUGACAGCAACUCUCCGUACUACGCUCUGAGAGACCGAGCAGGAAACGCUAUUGGAGUUACCGCCUGUGAUGUGGAUGGAGAUGGACGUGAGGAGAUCUACUUCCUCAACACAAACAAUGCCUACUCUGGACGGGCAACUUAUUCAGACAAGCUGUUCAAGUUUCGGAAUGGCCGCUUUGAAGAUCUUCUGGGGGACGAGCUCAAUGUGCGUCGUGGUGUCGCUAAUCGCAUGGCAGGACGUUCAGUUGCAUGUGUUGACAGAAAGGGAACAGGCCGCUACUCCAUCUACGUGGCCAACUACGCCAGCGGCAACGUCGGUCCCCACGCUCUCCUAGAAAUGGACGAGGCUGCAAGUGAUGUCGCCAACGGCAUCAUCGCUCUGUCUGACGUGGCUGCAGAGGCCGGCGUCAACAAGUUCACAGGUGGGCGCGGUGUGGUCGUCGGACCAAUCCUGAGCCAGUCGAGGUCAGACGUUUUCUGUGACAACGAGAACGGACCCAACUUCCUGUUCAAGAACAAUGGAGAUGGGACUUUUGCUGAUAUGGCGAGACAGGCUGGUGUGGAGGACCGGUACCAGCAUGGCAGAGGAGUAGCGCUAGCCGACUUCAAUGGCGACGGAAAGACAGACAUCGUCUAUGGCAACUGGAACGGCCCACACCGACUUUACCUGCAGGGCAGCGACUCUAAAUUCCGGGACAUAGCCACGGGAGGAUUCGCAGCUCCCUCACCUAUUCGCACGGUCAUCGCUGCCGACUUUGACAACGACAAGGAGCUGGAAGUGUUUUUCAACAACAUUGCUUAUAGAGGCAACGCCCCUAACAGGCUGUUCAGGGUGUCAAGAAGAGCUGAUGCAGACCCUUUGAUCCAGGAGCUUAAUGCGGGAGAUGCUGCAGAGCCGCAGGGGCGAGGAACAGGUGGCACCGUGACAGACUUUGAUGGGGACGGACAGCUGGACCUGCUGCUGGCACAUGGAGAGAGCGCCCAGCAGCCAAUCUCUAUCUUCAAGGUCACACAGGGCUCGUCCAACAACUGGCUGCGGGUCAUCCCUCGCACCCAGUUUGGCUCUUUUGCUCGGGGAGCCAAGGUGACAGCCUUCACCAGUCAGAGUGGAGCACACACACGCAUCAUUGACGGAGGCUCGGGGUACCUGUGUGAGAUGGAGCCUGUCGCACACUUUGGUUUAGGAACCGAUGUGGUGACGGUUCUGGAGGUCUCCUGGCCAGACAGCAGCUCCAUCAUUCGACCCCUUCAGCCUGGUGAAAUGAACUCGGUGGUGGAAGUAGCCUAUCCUGAACAAGGGGAAACGUCUCCACUUGCCAAUGACACGCAGUGUGGUAAUGGCUUUGCUGUCAAGAAUGGCCGCUGUGCAGCCUUGGCUCCAUUUUACGAUGGCGUCCGCUCCACCUCUGUCUCCACGCUUGAAGCCUCCUGUUUUAAGACCCUUUUGUGUGUCAUGGUGCUCUGUGCACUGGCAGAUCUCGGGGGACGGUAGUCUUGAGGGUAACAACGAUACAGUGAGACAGCCUGGACUAGGCGUUCGCUACAAGACUUGACUUCCUGUGACAUGCAGUAGCAGUGAGUCUUUAUCAGAAUGCACAUACUGCAGUCUGGAUACUUCCUGUUGGCUCUGGUGAGCUGAGUGCAUGCGGUGGUCCCUCCAUGUUGUGAGUGAAGACUGAAAUACAGGGGGUCAGUUUCGUGCCCUUUACCCAGCUGAAAGUGCUGCAGUGUCAUAUAUCCAGUCAAGCAUGCAUGCAAACAUGAGGGAAUUUUCCUGACCAAAGCUUGUUACAACAUGAAAUUAGCAAGGUUUUUUAAACUGACAAUUAUCUGAUGUUUUUUGUGCAUGCAACACGUUAAAAUCAGUAUCAUUAAUAUGUACUAGAGGCCUUUUCCACAGCGCACAGGUGUUACUAAUAAAACUAACGACAAGCAAAUCAUGACAAUGAGCCAACAUGCACAAUACCAGGACACUGAAACUGAAGCAUUUUAUUAUUACUACAAGUGCUAUUGUGACAUAAAACAAAUACCCUUGUUCCUUUUUUCCAGUAAAUAUGUCCAUAUAGGCAAUGGUUUAAUGAAAUCCUGCCCAGCCAAGAUGACAAAAAGGGUUGCUUAUUUACACAUCCAGCAGUCACCAAGCACUAUUAUCAUUCAUUUGGAGUUGUGUUUCUGACUCCAAUAUUUACUCUUCUUUUAGCUCCGUUUUUGGUCCCCUCCAACUCCUGUCAAAAAUAUCUGUCUCUUAGCCACUGAAUGCUCCACAAUGUUCGCCAGCUCGUUGCUAACGUUGUGUAUCUGCUGUUUGGUGCUAGACAAGUAGCACACAGUGGGAUUAACAGAGUUCUUACACUAAAAACAGCUGCUGACACAGAUUAGAGCGAUAAGACUGAAACAAAUCAGUAAAGCUGCGUAAAACCAAAAGCUAAAAGAUGCUAAAAGCUAUGAAGGGAACUGCAGUGUGAUCCAUUAUUAAUAUAAAAAUGUUGAUUAGGGCUGCUUUAAAGGUGCUA